AUGGAACGCAGAGAUUCCACAAUGUUCCCUAACAAUAAUCAUCUCAAACCCAUCAUUCUUGAUCCUUCUGUUCAAAAUCGCGGUGCUCAAAACGGCACCGUGGUGGAAACCCCUUAUCCCUUUCCCCCAUGGAAUCUGCACCAAGUUCAGAGUUCUGAGUCUUAUUGGUUGAAUCAGAUUCAGAACACUGUUAACCCUACUGUUGGUGUAGAAGCCAUUGAGUCUGCUAUGAAAGGACUUAACUUGUCCACGAAUCACUAUUCCCGUGAUUUGGGGACCAAUCUUUUUAUUCAAGAAGAUUGCUAUUUGAGUAGUUUAAGGAUGCGUGCUGCUGCUGCUGCUGCUGCUGCCCCAGAUUGGAGGAUGGGAAAUUCAUUUGAAUAUCCUAAUUGGAAUAGAGUUAGGUUAUUAGAAUGUUACAGGUUAAUGAUGCAACGCUCACAAUCACAAGUGGGUCGUUGUAAUUUUAAUUCACUUGACGGUGUGAGGAGAAGGGUGGUUUCAAUGGCAGAGGAUCAAUAUGGUUGUCGUUUACUGCAGAGGAAGAUUGAUGUGGGGACACCUGAGGAAAUUGGAAUGAUCCUCUCUGAAGUGAAGGAUCAUUUGCAUGAGCUAAUGAGACACCCUUUUGGCAAUCACGUAGUUCAGAAGAUUUUUGAGGCAAGGACUGUCACUGUGGAUCAGAAAGAUGCAAUUUUUUCAUUGAUUAUCCAAGAUAUGCAGAAACUGAAAUAUGUCUGCGUAGACAAAUACGGGAGUCGGGCUAUGCAGAGAAUGCUGGAGCUGAAUGUAGAAACCCAAGAUAAAUUAUAUGCAGUUUUAUGUGCAUUUCAUCCCAUCAUUCUCAUAUUGGUGAAAAAUGAUAAUGGUGCUAAUGUCAUUGAGCACUGUGUGAAGCUUUUCCCACCAGCAUAUCAAAAAGUUAUUUUGGAUGAAGUUGCAAUGAAUUGCAUUGAUAUUGCAACAGAUAAAAGCGGUUCUACUGCUAUUCAAAAUUGUCUGGGCCAUGUUGAUCGGGUACAAGCUAUAUUUCUGCUGGUUAAAGAAAUUAUAGUCAAUGCUGCAGUCUUAGCAGAAGAUAAAUAUGGGUUUGACUUCCAACUCUCAAAAACUGCUCGUUAUAUUUUAUUGCUUAUUUUGAACUAUGCGGUGAAGGUUUUAGUUGGAAUGAAGAUGCCUACGGUAAAUGCAUCAAUAAUAUCAGGACUUCGCGGAAAAUAUGUUCAAUUAUCUAUGAAUAAGUUUGGUAGCCAUGUGGUGGAAGAUCUCUUGCAAUUUUCUGGAGAGGAUGCUGCUAUUAUAAUUCGGGAGAUUAUAGAUAGCCGUGAAUUCUUGAAUGUUCUUCAGCAUCCUUACGGAAAUUUUGUUGCUCAGAAAGCACUGAAUUUCUCCACGGGUCUUCUGCAUAAAAGCCUUCGGAAUACCAUUUUAUCCAAUUAUGGAAAUUUACAUAGUCAUAUUUAUGGAAAAAAGUGCUAG